UUUACUAGCAAACGCAAUGCGAAAAUGUUGAGCAAAACACACAAGAGAAAAAGUCAAAGCCAUUGACGUUGGCUUUCCCGUUGCGGUAGAUUCCCGUUUGCUGCUUGGCUGCUUUACUGGAUGCGGCUUGGAGGGCUUCCCUCUGUGCUGGAGUCAGCAGCAGCGGCGGCGGCAUAAGGUAAUUUGAAACGAAGCUUAGGUUGCCAACUACUUCCACACAUAAACGUUGAGCGUAUGACCAGCUGAAGAUUCAACUGCGACUUCUGUGUGAGAGCCACCCGAAAAGAGGCGUCAGACAAAGUCUCUACAGGUCGCUGUCACUGUCACUCAGACAAACUGCUGUUGCCUCAGUUGACAUCGAGCUGCCGAACGCGUCGGUUGCGUGUUGAUUAAAACUACUUAGAAUGUCGGAUACAGAUAGUCGACAACUGCUGAGCGAUAUGGCAGACGUGGUGCCGCAUGAUCAGCACGAGCUGCAGCUCGUCUCGGUUGGUGGUGGCAGUGGCAGUGAUUUGCCCAGUGUGGACAGCACCCCGAAGCUAUCGAAGCGCAACAGCUCGGAGCGCAGUCUCCCGCUGCGCAGCUACAACAAAUGGGCGCCCACGGAGCACGGGGCAACGUUGGUCUGGCGUGAUCUUUGCGUGUACACCAAUGUGGGAUCGGGCAGCAAGAUGAAGCGGAUUAUCAACAAUUCAACGGGAGCUGUGCAGCCGGGUUCACUCAUGGCUCUAAUGGGCGCAAGUGGAUCCGGUAAAACGACGCUAAUGUCAACGCUCGCCUAUCGCCAGCCAGCUGGCACUGUGGUUCAAGGUGAUAUACUGAUCAAUGGACGUCGCGUUGGACCCUUCAUGCAUCGCAUCAGUGGCUAUGUGUACCAAGACGAUCUCUUCAUUGGCGCGCUCACUGUGCUCGAGCACCUCAACUUUAUGGCCAAUCUUCGCCUGGAUCGUCGUGUGUCCAGCGAGGAGCGUCGUCUCAUCAUUAAGGAUCUGUUGGAGCGCACUGGAUUGCUGUCAGCUUCCUCCACUCGCAUUGGCAGCGGCGAUGAUAAGAAGGUGCUCUCGGGUGGGGAGCGAAAGCGCCUCGCCUUUGCCGUGGAGCUGCUCAACAAUCCGGUGAUUCUUUUCUGCGAUGAGCCCACCACGGGUCUGGACUCCUACAGUGCUCAGCAGUUGGUGGCCACUCUGCAUGAGCUGGCUCAAAAAGGCACCACUAUAUUGUGCACAAUUCAUCAGCCAAGUUCGCAGCUCUUUGACAACUUCAACAAUGUCAUGCUGUUGGCCGAUGGUCGCGUGGCCUUCACAGGCUCCCCACAGCACGCGUUGAGCUUCUUUGCCGAUCAUGGCUAUUACUGCCCGGAGGCCUACAAUCCGGCGGACUUUCUGAUUGGCGUGUUGGCCACAGAUCCCGGUUACGAGCAAGCUUCGCAGCGUUCGGCGCAGCAUUUGUGUGAUCAAUUUGCGGUCAGUUCGGCGGCCAAGCAGCGCGAUAUGCUGGUUAACCUCGAGAUACACAUGGCGCAAUCGGGCAACUUUCCCUUUGACACCGAACUCGAUGCUUUCCGCGGUGUUGCCUGGUACAAACGCUUCCAUGUGGUCUGGCUGAGGGCAACGUUAACGCUGCUCAGAGAUCCCACCAUUCAGUGGAUGCGUUUUGCCCAGAAGAUGGCGAUGGCUUUCAUCAUUGGCGCCUGCUUUGCGGGCACCACGGAACUAACCCAACUCGGUGUUCAGGCUGUGCAGGGCACGCUCUUCAUCAUGAUAUCGGAGAACACGUACCAUCCCAUGUACUCGGUGCUCAAUGUGUUUCCUCAGGGCUUUCCACUGUUCAUGCGUGAGACGCGCUCUGGCUUAUAUACUCCGGCUCAUUACUAUGUGGCAAACAUUUUGGCAAUGUUGCCUGGCAUGAUUCUGGAGCCGCUGCUGUUCGUGGUCAUCUGCUAUUGGAUCACGGGACUGCGGGCCACGUUCUAUGCCUUUGGGAUAACUGCGAUUUGUGUAGUGCUCGUUAUGAACGUGGCCACCGCAUGUGGUUGCUUCUUUUCGACGGCCUUCAAUUCGGUGCCCUUGGCCAUGGCUUACUUGGUGCCCCUCGAUUAUAUAUUCAUGAUUACGUCUGGCAUCUUUAUCAAAAUUAGCUCGUUGCCAUUGGCAUUUUAUUGGACGCAAUUUCUAUCGUGGAUGCUCUAUGCCAACGAAGCGAUGACAAUUGCCCAAUGGUCCGGCGUGCAAAACAUCAGUAACUUGCUUCCAGGAAAGUGCCGACUUGCCCUGCUUCCACACCGGGCAGGAUGUGUUGGACAAGUACAGCUUCAAUGAGGCGAAUCUGCAGCGCAAUCUCUUGGCCAUACUUGGCCUCUACUUUGGCUUCCACCUGCUGGGCUAUUAUUUCCUUUGGCGACGCGCGCGCAAAAUCUAAAAAAACAAAAACAAUAGCCAACACACAAUUACUCGUAUUUAUCCCUGUUUAGUCCUUGUUUAACCAACUGUUCCGUUUGCUUUGAGCAGCUGUAAAUAAAUUGAUUACGAAAUUUGCAGAGUCUUGUAUUUUUUGUUCAUUUUUUAUUAACACAUUUUGCAAACAUUUGCGACACAUUUAAUAAACAUUGAAUUCAACCUUAACCUUAACCGAAACAGCAAACUACGAGUACUCGUACAAUACAUUAUACAAUAAAUACAUUUAACAUUGUUUCUUUCACUUAAAUUGACACAAUUGUACUUCAUUAUACCAUUUUACACAUAUAUCAUAUCUCAUAUAUAUUAUAUAUUUAGUCCUACGAUAGCCGAUCUAAAUGGUAGAAAACUUAGUUAAAUUAUAGUAGUUAAAUUCUGCGCUAGUCAAAGAGGUGUCGUAAUAGAAGUUGCAGGCGUGUUCUCAUUAACAAUUUCGCCUAGCAAUCGCCAAGUGUUUGAAACCGCCAUAAA